GGAUUUAUUUUACUUAAGAUUUUAAUUUUAAGUCAAAAAUUGGUUGGCACAACUACAACUACUGGAGCUGAGAACUCAGGAAUGCUUUGCAGUCAGUUGCUUUAUUUAUUUAUUUACUUAUGUUUACUCAACAUUUUAUUUUUCACAGUGUUGUCAAAACAAUAUUCUUCAGCCACAUUUUCUCAAAAAAAAAAAAAAAACAUAUAGGCUACCUAUUGAUUUACAUGUGACUGUUGAUGAGUAUUAUUGUGACUAAAUCUUCAGCAUACUUAUUUACAAUAUUUAUAAAGCAUUAUACAAUUCUAUACGCUUUUUUAAUGCAUUUUUUGCAUUAGUGUACUAUCUGACACUGAAUAAUGUUCAACAGGAAUGAGGUGGGUGGACGCUUUCUUAUUCUUCAGCGGCCUCUAGUGGCAGUAGUUUACUAUUACAAGUUAAUUUGGUAACAAGUUUUUGUCUGGCUACUGGUAAUGGUCUUGGGUUCACUGUUUUUUCUUGCCUGUUAAUAUAAAUCUCAUAAGCUUUAUAACUUUUUUGUGAUUAACUUAAACACCAACACUGCUAUAACAGCUAGUUGGCUAUAGGCUAUUGGUACAGUUACAUAAUUCAUGAACAUAUCAAUCUUCAGAAGUUGUUCAGACUUAAUAAUUUGGCAGAUGUCAACAUAUGCUUUUUCUGAGUAUCUUUGACACUUGUUGUCGCUACUACUGGGCUGCAACUUUAAGAAACAGGACAGAACCCAGCUGAACAAAGAUAAACGAGCUAAAAACACUUUUGGACAGCAUUCUGCGAUCGAUUAACCUAAGGAUGAAUCCAGAGUAUGACUACCUGUUCAAAUUGCUGCUGAUUGGGGACUCUGGUGUGGGAAAGUCAUGUUUACUCCUACGGUUUGCUGAUGACACCUAUACAGAGAGCUACAUCAGCACUAUUGGAGUAGAUUUCAAAAUCAGAACUAUUGAAAUGGAGGGGAAGACUGUCAAACUGCAGAUUUGGGAUACAGCAGGGCAAGAGCGAUUUCGAACAAUAACAUCCAGCUAUUAUCGAGGGGCUCAUGGGAUUAUAAUUGUCUAUGAUGUCACUGAGCAGGAGUCUUUCAACAAUGUGAAGCAGUGGUUAGAAGAAAUUGAUCGCUAUGCAUGUGAAAAUGUCUCCAAGUUGCUAGUCGGUAACAAGUGUGACCUUUCCUCAAAAAAGGUGGUAGACUUUACCACAGCAAAGGAAUUUGCUGAGUCACUCAAAAUCCCAUUCCUGGAGACAAGUGCCAAGAACGCAAACAACGUAGAGAAGGCAUUUUUAACAAUGGCCUCUGAAAUCCAGAAGAGGAUCGGGACGGACAGCGUUCAGAAUGAAACUGUUAAAAUGGGAUCCAAAAUAAACAGUGCCCCCUUAUGGCCUGGCGGAGAGAAGUCAGUAGCUGAGGAGGUCAGCUCUUGUUGCUAGUGCUCAGUAUCAUUAAAAUUCAGGGUAAUACAAAAAUUCAUAUUUUUUGUUUAUCGUUUUAUGUGUUUUUGUUCCUCUUUUUCUUUCUUUUUCAUUUUAAAUGUAAAAUAAGCCAUUUACUUUGUUUGCACAUCCUAAUGAGCUAAUGUAGAUGCAAUUGGAAAUGUUUCUGGAAAUCAUUUUCUGAUCAUACAUGCAUUGUUCUAAGUUAAAUGCUCUUUCAUCUUUUUGGUGAUGGACAAAACCUAUAAGCAAGCAUACACUACUUUUAAAAAUGUAGGGGUCGUUUAGAUUAUUAAAUGCUUUUGAAAGAAGCUUCUUAUGCUUACAAGGCUGUAUUCAUUUGAUCAAAAGACAGUAAAAUCAGUAAUAUGAAAUAAAUUUAAAUAAUUGUUUUACACUUUAAUAUAUUUUAAAAUAUAAUUUAUUCCUGUGUUGACAAAGCUGUA